GAAAACAAUGUAGGUACCUAUUCGAUUUGAACAGCAAUGAAGUCGAGUCGAGCCGGGCGGGAGAAACCUGCGUGCGGGCCUCACGGGCCCCGCCCCGUGCCCCGCUCCCCGCCGAUCAUAUGUUCGGCGCGCCGGCGCGCAGCGACCGCUCACUGCGACUCGGGCACCCGCCGUCGUCGCAACGUCACGAGCUCUACGUACACGCCCGCGCAGGAUCAGCUGUCGCGACUGAUACGCUACGCACCGCACGGCGAAGCCCUGUAAUAAGCCGCAGUGCGGUGUGCCAUGGAGCUGCUUUGUGCGGAACGCGUGAGCCCGAGCACCGAGGGCGCAGCGGCGCCGGCGCCGGGCCCGCGGGCCGCCGUGCCGGACCCGGUGCUGCUGCGGCGCCGUGUGCUCGACAACCUGCUGCGCACGGAGGAGCGCUACGCUGUCACCACCAACUACUUCGGCACCGUGCAGACGGAGAUCACGCCUCACAUGCGUCGCCUCGUCGCCGAGUGGAUGUUAGAGGUAUGUGAAGACCAAGGAUGCCAAGAGGAGGUGUUCCCCCUAGCGGUGUCGUACCUGGAUCGCUUUCUGAGCAUUUGCCCAGUGGGGAAGAGCCAAGUGCAACUCCUGGGGACGGCGUGUCUCCUGCUGGCGUCGAAGUUGCGCGAGCCCGGCUCGCGCUGCCUGCCCGCUGAUCUGCUGGUCUUCUACACUGCCAACAGCAUCACACUCGCCGAUCUAUGCAGUUGGGAGUUGCUCGUGCUGUCAAAGCUCAAAUGGGACGUAGCUGGAGUGACGGCACAUGACUUCCUGCCGCUGCUGCUGUCGCGACUGCCGCUGCGGGGGCUCGUCAACACCAACAUGGUGCACCGGCACGCUCAAACCUUCAUUGCGCUUGCUGCCAGAGAUUACGAGUUCAUGUUGUACUCGGCGAGCACGCUGGCGGCGUGCAGCAUCGCCGCGGCGCUGCGCGGGCUCAGCCUGGACGGACAUCUGGCGCGCCUGCACGACCUCACGGGCAUCGACUUGGACUGCCUACACACAUGCCUCGAACAAAUAGAGGACAUGGUGCAGCACAUGAUAGAAGAACGGCCGGUCUCGGCCCCAAACGGGCAGAGCAGGGAGGCGGCGGGGUGGACCCCCCCGCCCUCCCAGGACAAGGCGCAUAGCAACGCCGCCACUCCCACCGACGUCAGAGACGUUCACUUCUAACCCCGUAAUGAUAAUCAUACAGUUCGCUUAAAAGGUGCAAGUACGAAAAUACUUUAAACUAAACCUAUAGUUAUUAGGGUGCAUAGUGAUCGAGGACUGAUACCAAGACUGACAAGCACAUGUCUACACGUAGGCACGCGCCUACUUACUAUAAGUAUAGUACAUGUAUAGAGUAAGUUUAAGAUAAGUGUGCCCUGCGAGCUACUCGUCGGCCUCCUAGCUUCGCCGGGCGUGAGGCGCAGCACUCAGUGAGUUUACUUUAUAAACGCAUCUUCCAAUUUUAGUAAAUAUUGUUCUUGAAAUUACAAUCUACCUCUUAUUAUUUAAGACAAAAGUUUCAGUUUCGUCUGGCCGUAAGCUGUAAUAACAUUUAAAGCACGGUACACGCUGACUACAUUUUCAUGCUGUUUGCAUGGGACCAAAGCAUCAUUUUGUUUUAAAAAUGAUCAGAUAUAUGUAGCAUAGAAUGACUGUUAUGUUUAAUCAUAAUAGUAUAGUCCAUAUUCGAAGGGUUGAUUACGAUGAGAACAGUAUCCACAUUAAGCGAAUUCCGUAAAGUUGAUAAACCUGUUAUGUAUCGCGAUAUCCGUCAAAUUCUACUUAUAUCGGGGGAAGGCAAUAAAAUACGCUUUUAUAUUUUGUAAAAACUAAUGUUACGUUCAUUAAUUUUAUCAUAUUUAUAUACUAUAGGCACUACAUAUAAACAAAUUCAUAGGUCGGUAGUAGUUGAUUUGAAGGGUACCGUGUGCUGCGGACUUGUAUGCUGCCCUGGUAAGCCAAAGAGCGCUAUCUCAAAAGAAAAUUCAUUGCUAACUUAAUACUUUAGUUUCUAUUACUGAGAAUUUCAUUUUCAAAAUCAUUUGUUUUUGAAAUAGCGCUAUUCGGCUUAUGAGGGCAGUAUUAUGGACGUCUCGAGGGAGGAGACGCGCGCACGCGCACGCUAGGGCUGUAUUUUUGUUUCCGCUCUCUCAAAGAUUCUCUUAAAGACUAAUUCUCUAUGUAAGCAAAUAAAAUCUUGUUCCUCUUGUAAGAAUAACAGUGAUGUUUAGCUUUUAAUUAGGUACGCCGCGGUAAGGCAUCAACAACUGUAGGUUUAAUUUUAACAUUUAAUGUGAUAGUGUCGAAAGAUGAUUGAACUUCAUAUCAUAGUCACUUCAAGUCAUAAUAUGUAAACUUAGAGGUACUAUUUGUUGGAUAAAUUAAGAAAAUAGAUAAAAAAUGUGAUUUAUUAAAAUAUCCUUGAUAGAAAUUUGUAAUUUAGGUACCUAGAUUAGGUGUGUAAUAGGUAGCACAUAUUAAUGUUUGUUACGUUCCUAUAUUAGCAACUGUCAAAAGUCCUAUGUAAUGUUAUGCAUGCAAUAGUCGAAUUCCACCAUUAUGUACUUAAUAUUUCAUUACCAAAACUACAAUAAGUCUAAUCCAAGCCCACAUUACUAUUAUUUCAUAAUUGUGAUAUUACCUACCUUGUUAUUGACAUUAAUAUUAAGUUUUUAAGGUUUCCGGUUCGUAUUCUAUUUCGGGUUCUGAAAAAUAGCUACCCACCCACCUAGUUGUAUAUAAUUGAUAUAUGUUCCUGCAUUGGACCCGUUCGCUAACUUGACUUAAAUGUUGAAAAUAACUUUUUCACAUUUUGUGGCCUCAACGUAAUUAUUAUGCCUACAAAAAUAAUGUUAAGUUUAGGUACAUAUUGCUUGAAUAUGAUUACACUUAGCAUUUAAAUAUCCAAGUAAGCGAACGGAAGAUUAAAGUAUCAAAGAAAAAAUUGUAAAAUUUCCCUAUUGUAAUGUAUACAGCUUAGACUGUGACGAAUGGAAUUCAACUUAGGUCAUUUAUAUGUUCCUAAUGGAUUUGCAAUCACCAAAUGUCCGAAAAUUCCAUUUCCAAGAUACGAACUUUGCACCGUAGUAAAGAAAAAAGUGCUCAGUAGAUUUACAUAGAUUAAGUGAACAAUCAGUCCAGUGUCUUCCAUGAUAUUACUGAAGAAUCAGACAACAGGCUGUCCACGACCUGAAAGCGAUGCAAGUCUGUUUCUUCACUAUAUAGAUUAUAUAUAGAUACAGCGGUAAAUAGAUUAGGCCAUUUAUUAAUGUAGAUAUUUUAUAGUUAUGUAAAUAAGUAGAUUGUUUCUAUAAAAUUAUGCUGUAAGCAUGUGGUGCCAUAGUAACACUCCUAAAAAGUAUUGUAUGUAUAAAAUAAUUAGCACUAAUAAUUCUAUUACCUACUUAUAAAAUGUACCGGCAAUGUCCGCGUUCCGUUAUAUUCAAUACGCACUUUAGAAUUCAAUUUAUUUUCUAUAGAAAGUAUUUCAGUUGACAUGAAUGAAAGUAUACAUUUUAUUAUUUAGUUUAUAUCGUGUAUAUAAACAAAGUUAUGUGGGAAAAUAAUACGCAUUACAUAGAUAGUCUUAAUGAAUGCUUGGGGCUUUGGGCUAGCUUCAAAUAUUUUAAGAAAUGUUAGUACAUUGACAUGAAAUGUAAGAGGAAAA